AUGCCUGCGUCAGCAGAUGAAUACGAAGUUGAAGCCAUCUUACGGGCGAAAGUCGUGAAGGAGAAGGGAAGAAAAAUUUGGCGAUAUUGCGUAAAGUGGAAGAACUACUCACACAAACAUAACACGUGGGAACCAGCUGUAUCGUUUGAAGGGGGCUCAGAACAUUUCAUCCGGAAAUUCUGGGGGCGCAUCAGCACGGAUGGCAGGGACUUCGAGCAAAUCAAUCUAUUCAAAGUGGAUGAGGAGUUCUUCCCUUCUGGACCUCCGCGCGGAGCCAAAAAGAAUCACGCCAAGAUGGACACGAUGUCGAGGCCAGGUCCCGCAUCUCAACCCCCACCGGAUGAUUCGGAAAAUGAGGUGAAGUCUCUGAUUGACCAAGAGGAAGCUGCAGGAAAACGACGACGUGAUAUGGACGCGCUAAACGAUAUAGAGGCGCCUGCCUUGAAGCGGAAGAAGCGAUCCCGUGGCCAUUCUCACAAAAGUGCGACAGAAGACUCUCCGGAACGCAAGUCUCUUCGGCACUCUGUCCCCGAUCCGCCAAGUGUUGCGAAUGGGAGCGCGAAUUCGUCGUCGUCUCGCGGUAGAUCUGGAUCCGGACGGCGCCCAAACCCUCCCAACGACGAACUUGUACCAGACGAAACAUCGUCCAAGUCUUAUGAAAAUGGUCCCCGCGCUAAGGCUCCUCAAAUUGAGACGCGCACGGAGGACUUGGUAGAUGCUGCUCUCACCCUUCCGUCGGACGAGCCUCUAUUCGGUGAUGACGACAAUGCAGAUGAUCCGAUGGAAGCAGACGAUUGUCCCCCCAGUCCCUUCGGCGCUUCCGCAUUGCUAAAUCCCGAGCCUUUUCCACCGCCGCAACAAAACCGUUUGCCUGCCCAUCGCGAUCGCGAAGCCAAUCCAAAAGUGAAGCUUAUCAAUGCACCGUACGUGGAUAUUGGUUAUGAGGGUGCCAUUUCCGCCAAGCGCAAAUUCAUGCGAGGUGCCUCUGACAAUGGCGCUGCGCACUCCGGUCCCUCUCGACCCACCAUCUCGGGGAAUAGCCAUAACCCCAUAACAUCUAAAUCUCAAGGUGCUCGCUCUAAACCUGGACCAGGACGGUCUUCUAGCGGAUUCCAACUCACAUCCCAGGCUGUAGUGUCUUCGUUAGGAUCAACUAGUAUCGCCGGUAUCGCUGUUGCGGAGCCAUGUGUAGCAGGAACUUUACAAAAUGGUGACAGAUUCGGGACAGGUGGCUUGGAUGUGGACGCCGAGAUUCCUGGCUUAGAUCGCUUACGGCCUGCAGAUCCUGCACAACCUCAUGAAGCUCCUAAGGGAGAAGAAUUGCUUCAGUUAUCAGGAUACGUUAAAUCAGAGGGCGAAGCUCUCUCGGACUACGAUGAAGACGCUCAGGGCGAAGACGAUCCCGAUGUAAUCCAGUCCAAAGCGCCUCCCAAUUUCAUCAUCGCCGCUGCUGAACAGGAGGAUGAACCCCCAGAGCCGGAUGUACUCAAGAAUGAGGGCGUUGCUGCGUGGAAGCAAUCCACCAUUUUUGGGCCACUAACCAUUGGUCCCGAGAGCCAUCGCGCACCAGAUUCAUCAACGAGCUGUGAUUCGGAGCCUCUCCGUCCAACGCUGUUCCUCAGCCUCGAUUCUGCAGUAUCUGUACCAGUGAUUCUCCGAGAUGUCACUCCCAAGGGGUCAACGUUGGACAAUGUGGGCAAGAAUCUGAAAGGCCCCCCAGGAAAGUUCUACAAGGGAGAGUAUGCAUCCAAUCUCGUUGAUUCGUUGCGGAUGGAAGGGUCAUGUGCGAGGCUUGCAAUUGAUCCGAAUGCGGAGGAAGUGCACAAACAACACCUUAAACGCUUUAGAACGCGCUUGCUAGCAGGGGAACUGUUUGUCGAGAUGAUAGGCAUCAACCUCUUAGUGAUGUUCGCAUCCGAGAACAAAUAUUUUGGACAAAAGUUCGAUAUAUCUCCGACUCUUGUGGGUCUGGGGGACACUGUUGUCGUGACGCAUGUUCGUAUUGAAGACUUCUCAGCUUAUGCUCAAGCUGCUGAACAUGCAGAUGAUGGACGUUGGUAG